AGGUAAACUCGGGGAAUGAUUCUCGGGUGCAGUUCGUGGUCAUUUCGGGAGAUCCAGAGUCAUUCGGGAACUGUUGAUGGUGAGGAUGUCGGUUUGAGUGAUGGUGACAAUGAUGGUAAGGUUUUAGGGUAAAGUGUUGGCCCUGAAUGACGAGGUAAGUAUUGUUACGACUAUGAGGGGAAUACGAGGAGGAGGACGGAGGCGACGGAGGACAGUGGGAUUGGGGGUAUGGAUGUCGGAGAACAAAGCGGAGAUGGGAUUCCGGCUGCUGCAUUGACUUGAUUCGUGUUCGCUACAGAAGCAAUGUUGAUUGAGGCCGUUCUGUGAUGGUGCUGGAGGGUGUUGGGCCCGUGUAGGGUUGUGAGAUCAUCCAUAGAGGUGCUGAGGUUUGCGAUUGACUGGGCAUGACGAACGUGAGGUUAUGUGAGCGAGAGCGUGUGUGGGAUGAUGCUCUGUCGCCAGCUUAAUGAUAUCUCGUUUUCCUUGGAAUGGCGGAGGUAUUCGUAUGGCGAUGAGCGAUUGAUGUUUAAAGACGGGAAUUUCGUUGAAGAUGAAGAUGAAGAGUAGGUGUUAAGAUUACUUUGGAAAAUUGUUAAUGAUUCUCAGCUGGCAGGGAUACAGUAUUUCAAAUCAGUUGGAAAGGAUGCAGAUGUUGUGGAGUUUUCCAUCAUUAAAACAUAGGCGUUCGUUAUGGUGAUGUUUGAAACAGGUUUGGUUCACAUGAUAUGAUUACGGUCAAAAGUAGCAGCCUUCUUGAAUUAAGAAACAAGGAUUCUUUCUCAUGAGUUGCGCUUACUAUCUAGUUGUUCAUCGACACGAACUAUUCCGCGUGGUGUAACACCUGGUGGGGAGCACAAGCAUUUUAUUUAAGACGUUCUAGGGAGGUUUUAUUUAGCAAUCAGCGCGGAGAUUCACAAUGGCUGAAAGUUCUUCGCAUUCUUUAGUGCAGAAGAUACUUGAGACUUGCACUGUGAUAACUUCAAUUGGAAAUUUCAAGUGCCAUAAAAAAGAGUGCUCCACACUCACCAGGCGAGUGAAAUUGCUUGUCCCACUAUUUGAGGAAGUUAGGGACUUGAAAUUAACUUUAUCGGAAGAAGACUUGGUAUGCUUUAACGCCUUGGAGGCAUCUCUCAACGCUGCCAAGGUCUUGCUGCUCUUGUGCAACAAAGGAAGUAAACUGUACCUGAUCUUGGAGCAAAAAAAUGUGGCAAAGCAAUUUUUAAUGCUAAACACAGCAUUGGGACAGGCGUUAGACAAGCCGAUCUCUAUUGAAAUUUCAGACGAAGUGCGAGAGCAGGUUGACCUGGUGCACAAUCAAUUUCAAAGAUCGAAGGGUCUAGAAGAUCCUUUUGAUGCACAGUUGAAUGCUGAAUUGCUUUCAGUAUUGGAUGAGACAAAUGAAUGCUCGAAAGAUCAAUUGAGGAGGCUGGCUGAUUUGUUCAAGUUUGAUACUGCGAGAGCAUUGAUAAAAGAUCUACAAGCUCUACAUGGUAUGAGAACGGAAAAGGAAGCGGCUACAGAUGGCAUUCUGGUUAAUGAGUCAAGAUUUGAGAAACUCUUUAGACUUCUGAAUGAUUUAAAAAACCUCUUUCCACCAGAAGACCUAGAACAAGAUGAUCCUGAAUUGAACAAGCUUCAAGUAGCACAGAGGGUUGGCGUGGAGAAGACCAGUGUGCAACCUGCUGCUUCCGACUUAGGACCAGACAAAGGGGUACUAAACAUUCCAGACGACUUCAAGUGUCCCAUCUCUUUGGAUCUGAUGAAAGACCCUGUCAUUAUUGCGACUGGACAGACAUAUGAGCGUUUGUGCAUUCAGAAAUGGCUAGAAAGUGGGAAGAAGACUUGCCCAAAAACAGGCGUGUCAUUAACUCACACCCAUUUGACGCCCAAUCACGUCCUUCGCAGUGUCAUAGCUGAAUGGUGUACAGUGCACGGCGUAGAAAUGCCCAAAAAGCGGUCGAAGAGCAAUCAGUGCUCAGCGGAGGACAAAGCUGCCAUUGAUGAGCUCAUCACGAAGUUAUCUUGUUCGAUACCUGAUGUACAAAGGGAUGCUGCUUGUGAACUCCGUCUGCGGGCGAAGAAAAACGUUGAUCACCGUAUCUGCAUUGCCGAACAAGGGGCUAUACCACCCCUGGUAGGAUUAUUACGGUCACCUGACCAGAAGACCCAGGAACAUGCUGUGACAGCAUUGUUGAAUUUGUCAAUCAAUGAGAACAACAAAGGACUGAUUGCGUCGGCAGGUGCAAUUGAGCUCAUCGUCGAGGUUUUGAAGGGUGGUUGCAUGGAUGCCCGGGAAAAUGCUGCAGCUACGCUUUUUAGUCUCUCUCUGGUUGACGAUAACAAGAUCAUCAUUGGGAACUCUGGUGCCAUUCCUGCUCUGGUUGCUUUGCUUCAUGACGGAACCGCACGAGGCAAGAAGGACGCUGCAACUGCGCUCUUCAACCUCACCAUUUUUCAAGGGAACAGAGCGCGUGCAGUGCAGGCUGGACUGGUCUCCCCCCUCAUGAAAUUUCUGACAGAGCAACCGGUCAUCAUGCUUGAUGAAGCUGUGGCUAUCUUGGCCAUCCUAGCCUCGAAUCACGAGGGCCGUCUCGCCAUUAGUGCAGUCGGACCCCCUCCCACAUGGCUGAGGGUUAUUAUGGCUGAGUCACCACGGAACAAGGAGAAUGCAGCUUCAAUCUUACUGCAAUUGUGUUCUCACGACCCUGACUACGCAAAACAAACGAGGGAGACGAAUGCUAUUGAGCUUUUGACUGUUUUAGCCACUUCACGAGAUUCCACGAACCGUGCCAAACGAAAGGCGACUGGACUUCUAGAUCUUCUGAACAAGCCACAACCGGAAACUAUCACCCAAAGGGUUCAAGGUUUACAUAUAGAGUAGUGGUAAGAAUACUCACCGAGCAUCGAGUUCGAUAUUUUGCUGUAGUCAGCUGCUAGUUUUGUGGUUAGCAAUAUGCUUAAUCCCUUAGAAUUAAUCAGGAAACACUGUCCAUAUGAUCAGUAAGUUUUGCGUGCCCAUCAUCAACGGUCGUUGUGUAUGAGUUAGAAGAGGACAUAGUGCUAUUGUAACCUGGUCACUUGGGCUGGGCACCUGAUCCUCACCUAUGGAUUUAGAUGACGAAAUGAAAGGAGCACGUUGUGUGUUGAAUUGCGUUUCAAAA